UGCGGCUUAAAAAUUCUCAGAUGCCUAAUCAAUUCGAAUAAACCUCAUCUCCAGAAUCUCUCUCUUUAUAACAUCGUCGCGUAGUUCUCUCUCACACAACCCUCAUUUCCUCAUUUUUCCUGGCUUUCACUUUACGAGUACGAAGAAAUGGUGAUGUUCAAGGUUUCUCGCGUUGAAACCACUCCUUACGAGGGCCAGAAACCGGGGACUUCUGGUCUCAGGAAGAAGGUAAAAGUAUUCAAGCAACCCAAUUACUUGCAUAACUUUGUUCAGUCAUCCUUCAAUGCUCUCUCAGCCGAAAAAGUCAGAGGUGCUACCCUUGUUGUUUCUGGUGACGGUCGCUAUUUCUCAAAGGAUGCCAUCCAGAUUAUAAUUAAGAUGGCAGCUGGAAAUGGAGUACGACGCGUUUGGGUUGGUCAGAAUGGGUUGCUCUCCACUCCUGCUGUAUCAGCUGUUAUACGUGAACGAACUGGUUCGGAUGGAUCUAAGGCAACAGGAGCAUUCAUUUUGACAGCAAGUCAUAACCCAGGUGGUCCCAAUGAGGAUUUUGGAAUUAAAUACAACAUGGAAAAUGGUGGACCUGCACCGGAGGGAAUUACUGAUAAGAUCUUUGAGAACACCAAAACAAUAAAGGAGUACUUGAUUGCCGAAGACCUACCAGAUGUGGAUAUCUCUGCAAUAGGCAUAACAAACUUUGCAGGACCAGAGGGGCAAUUCGACGUAGAUGUUUUUGAUUCAGCUAGUGAUUAUGUGAAAUUGAUGAAGUCAAUAUUUGAUUUCCAAUCUAUCCAGAAGUUGAUUACAUCUCCAAAGUUCUCAUUCUGUUACGAUGCACUUCAUGGAGUUGGUGGAGCGUAUGCUAAUCGUAUAUUUGUUGAAGAGCUUGGUGCGAAAGAAAGCUCAUUACUGAACUGCACACCGAAGGAGGACUUUGGAGGAGGUCAUCCUGACCCUAAUCUGACAUAUGCAAAGGAGUUAGUUGCACGUAUGGGAUUGGGCAAGUCAAACACUCAAGAGGAGCCCCCAGAAUUUGGUGCAGCUGCUGAUGGUGAUGCAGAUCGUAACAUGAUCCUUGGUAAAAGGUUUUUUGUUACUCCAUCGGAUUCUGUUGCUAUCAUUGCUGCAAAUGCUGUUCACUCCAUACCUUAUUUCUCUGCUGGUCUGAAGGGAGUAGCCAGGAGCAUGCCUACAUCAGCUGCUCUUGAUGUUGUAGCUAAACAUUUGAAUUUGAAAUUUUUUGAGGUGCCCACUGGAUGGAAAUUCUUCGGUAACUUGAUGGAUGCUGGAUUAUGUUCGGUAUGUGGUGAGGAAAGUUUUGGAACUGGCUCAGACCAUAUUCGUGAGAAAGAUGGAAUCUGGGCUGUUUUGGCUUGGCUAUCAAUUCUUGCUUACAAAAAUAAGGAAAACCUGAAUGGGGGAAAGCUUGUGUCAGUUGAAGACAUUGUUCGCCAGCAUUGGGGUACCUAUGGUCGCCACUAUUACACCCGGUAUGAUUAUGAGAAUGUUGAUGCAGGUGCCGCAAAGGAACUAAUGGCAUACUUGGUAAAGCUGCAAUCUACCCUGAGCGAAGUUAACAAGAUUGUGAAGGGAAUACGUUCAGAUGUGUCAAAUGUUGCUAGUGCUGAUGAAUUUGAAUACAAAGAUCCUGUUGAUGGUUCCAUCUCAAAGCAUCAGGGAAUCCGAUAUCUGUUUGAAGAUGGAUCGCGAUUGGUUUUCCGUCUCUCUGGAACUGGCUCAGAAGGCGCAACCAUUCGUCUCUACAUUGAGCAAUAUGAGAAGGAUUCUUCGAAGAUCGGGAGAGAUUCUCAAGAAGCACUGUCUCCUCUUGUGGAGGUUGCUCUCAAACUGUCUAAGAUGGAAGAAUUCACAGGCCGAUCCGCCCCCACUGUUAUUACAUAAAUACAUACAUCCACACGCAGCAACAGGUUGUAUUCCUUUUCUAUGUGGUAAAUAAGUAAUGUAUCCAUGUCAGGCUCUGUAUCAGUAAGAGCCUCUCCAACCUAAAGUUUGUCAUUUUGCAGCAGUAGUAAUAGUCUCAUGAGAGUACUGCGGACUAAAAAUGUUUGCUAAUAAAAUUUUUGUUUGUUCAGAAUAAUUUGAAUCUUUAAAAAUUGCUUGACAUUGAUCUUCUUACGGUACAAGUUAAACUCAUUUAAUCAAGAAAAACAUGAGCUUGAUCAAGUUCAUAUUUUAAUUUA